GUUGCGCCGCUACACCAGCUCUACCCCACUGUGCGCCGUAACGCGGGUGUACUGAAUCCAGUGUGGGCACCUGUCCCGGCCGGCUCUGAGCGGUACAGGAACCCGGCCAACACAGGUCCCUGGUAUUUGGCUGCUUACAAGCUCACAGUUGGCCUCAUGUAUGGGGCGCUGCGAGUAUGGCUCCAGAACCCCUUAAACCCACAGCAAGCCGUGCUUCACGACUGGCCGUACGCCGCGGGCGAGCGGUUCUACGCGCGGAACCACAUGUUGAGCUCUACGGGCGUGGGCUGGGGUCGGGUCACAGAGAUUACCACCGAUUGGCUGGAGCACCGGUUCAAUGAGAUGACCGCACUCAUCACCGACAUUAACCCGGUGUUCGCCAUCUAUGUGUGCGCCGGCGCCAAACUGGUGAUCGUCGACGAGUACAACUCGACCCCGUUGGAUGCUCGCCACCAGCGGACCCUGGUGCAGCAGGGUGGCGUAGUUCUGGUGGAGGGCCAGUUGACUCUGGGUGUGCCCAGUUUGCAAGAGUACAGCAGGUUUACGACCGCCGAUCUGGGCCACGACACCUGUCCCUGGGAGUGCCCCGCGGGCCAGGACUGGUACGUACAGACAAUUCGAGAAAAUCCGUGUCCGAUUGUUUUUCUGGGCGCGAAUGAGUCGGAGUACGGAUCGGUGGCCUGGGAGCUGUCAAUAUACCGGCACCCGCUACCGCCACCCAUCCACGUUCACAUCGACCCGCAGCGUAGGCGCCGCUCGUGCGAGCUGUACGCGCCCGAAGGCGGACGCGUGGAGGCCAUUGUCGACUGGGCUGAGGGCCGCGAAGAGGUGUUGGCCCGGCAUAAGUACCAACGCCUGCACGCGAGUGUCUGUAAAAUGGACAGCUGGGAAUAUCAGGGCUUGCCGUUCCGGUGCCCGGACGACGUGGCCCUCAUGAAUCGUAUACUGACCAACCGGUUUGUGGACGAUGAGCACCCGGCGGGCGUUGACCGGUCCAUCACUGUCAACAUCGACUUGAGCGCCGUCGCCGGCCCACGAUUUGCGCAGCACCGGCCGGCCGGUCAACAACGCCUGCCUAUAGUCUACAACUGUCACCGAGUGAGCGAUUGGCCCGACGAUAACACUCGACUCCACCUGCGACCGCCGGUGGCGCCCGACUGGCCGUGCAUUCAGUACGUGUUGGGCGGCAAAUUGUAUUACAACAAGUGGACGGGCGAUUACAACGACAACCGGCACGUGAAGUACAAGUACGAUACGGUGGGCAAAGUGGUGGCCACGCCGUACCUGUGCCGGCGGAAGGGCCUCCAACACGAGUACUACGAGGCCGGCCCCAUACCGCAGCCCACAAUGAUAUACAAGUACGCGCCGCUCCCCUGGGUCGCCGACCCGGAACAGGAGUGCGACGGUGUGAACGCCUACAUCGGUAUCGACGGCUGGAUCUACGGUAAGGUUGACGCCGGCUUUCAACAAGAAAAUAUCGGUAUGUAUUUGUCAAAGUACUACCGGCCCGUUCCACUGCCUGUGCCUAAGGUUCCCGUGGCGGACAAAAAACGCGGCGCCGACCCCAGCGACGGUUCGUCCCGUCCGAGCAAACAAUUGCGCGCAACCCCUAGUGACCAACCCUUGGCCGCCGCCGGUGUGGUUCAUGUAUGUCUGGCCAUAAAUGGGCCCCAAUUUUGUGACCAUAAUUACGUGGACACAAUACUAUGGGACGGAUUGUCAUAUCGGGUGACCAGAAAUGAAUGGAUAGCCGCAUACGACCCGUACGAGCGCCGGGUUUCCACGUUUUACCACAAAAAUCUCGUCGACUUUCCCAACAAAAUUGAUCGCGGCUACUACUAUCAAUCGGGUUACCACAUACCUAGCGUACCGGCCGACUGUCAGCCGCGACAUUCAUUGACCUGCGAGAUAAUGAACGAGUUAAUCGGACUCACAGUAUACACUAUACGGGACACUAUAUCGGGUGAGAUAGUACACAGAGUGGACAGGACUACAGACUCUCUGCGAGCCCUCCCGGAGCGAAACGUACUGUACUUUUUUGACAGCAAUCUGGCGCCCCGACGGUUUGUACAGAAGUACAGGCCCGCCGUAUACGUACCUAACCAUCACACGUUUGUUUACAUAAUCAACAAACAUGGUAACUUUGGACCGAUGGUCGAGACGGUUGAGUUGCGGCAGAAUGGGGUGAUUGAGCGCACGUAUUACGGGCUCCGGGAGCCCAAGGACAUAGUUUACGUGACCAGUUUUUGGUGGAAAAGUACCGGUAAGGUGUAUGUGGUGGGUGAGGAUCGGCUCGGCUUUGGCGACGCCUAUGUCUACGAGUUGAACAUUGAAAAUAGGACUGUCUCAAUAAUACCUACGAAUAUGAGGGUAAUUGAGUUUUUUGGGUGCCCUCCUGUGCCCACAACAGAACCCCCGGCAGCCGAGUAUGAGUCGACCAAUCGCACAGCUAGUAAUGUUACAGCUAUUGACUACAAUAGUACCGACAUUGAAGAGAAUGAUCAUGAGUAUGACUUAGUUGAUAGUAUACCGGUACAAGCUGAUCCACAAGUGUUGGGUAGUAUAGCCGAAGGCCGGUGCGGUCGGGAUGGCGGACGUCGGCUGAACAUCGGUGUGUUGGCCGCCGACCUCUUGUCUGAGAGCAAC